AACAGUUGAGAUCUGUCCACUCUCCUCUUCAUAUAACCCUCUCAAUUUGGGCGAUUUUGAAACCCAUUCAAUUUCACUACCCGCGUCACUGAUCUCUCCUUCGUCCUCUCCUCAUCCUUCGCCAACAGAUUCUCUCUUCCAUUCUUUUCUCCCUUUAAAUCUACCUUUUCCUUUUCAUUUAUAUUUUCUUUCACACAUCUCUUCAUUCAUUUACUAAUUCAGGAAGUAGUAUAAGAUGGCAGAUGCAGAGGAUAUUCAGCCACUUGUGUGCGACAAUGGCACAGGAAUGGUUAAGGCCGGAUUUGCUGGUGAUGAUGCUCCAAGAGCUGUGUUCCCUAGCAUUGUUGGUCGCCCCCGUCACACUGGUGUGAUGGUAGGCAUGGGACAAAAAGAUGCAUAUGUUGGAGAUGAAGCUCAGUCAAAACGUGGUAUUUUAACCCUAAAAUAUCCAAUUGAGCAUGGAAUUGUGAGCAAUUGGGAUGACAUGGAGAAGAUAUGGCAUCACACUUUCUACAAUGAGCUCCGUGUUGCCCCAGAAGAGCACCCGGUUCUUCUGACUGAAGCGCCUCUCAACCCCAAGGCUAACCGUGAGAAGAUGACUCAAAUUAUGUUUGAGACAUUCAACACCCCCGCUAUGUAUGUUGCUAUUCAAGCUGUUCUUUCCCUGUAUGCUAGUGGUCGUACAACCGGUAUUGUGCUGGAUUCUGGUGACGGUGUCAGCCACACUGUUCCCAUCUACGAGGGGUAUGCCCUCCCUCAUGCCAUCCUUCGUCUCGACUUGGCUGGUCGUGACCUUACUGAUCACUUGAUGAAAAUCCUCACAGAGCGUGGUUACUCUUUCACCACCUCUGCAGAGCGGGAAAUUGUGAGAGACAUGAAAGAAAAGUUAGCUUACAUUGCCCUUGACUAUGAGCAGGAGCUUGAGACUUCAAAAACUAGCUCUUCUGUGGAGAAGAGCUACGAGUUGCCUGAUGGGCAGGUUAUUACCAUUGGCGCUGAGCGUUUUCGAUGUCCUGAGGUUCUUUACCAGCCUUCAAUGAUCGGAAUGGAAGCAGCAGGCAUUCACGAAACCACAUACAACUCCAUCAUGAAGUGUGAUGUGGAUAUUAGGAAGGACCUAUACGGUAAUAUUGUACUUAGUGGCGGUUCGACCAUGUUUCCAGGUAUUGCUGACAGAAUGAGCAAGGAAAUUACAGCACUAGCUCCAAGUAGCAUGAAGAUUAAGGUGGUUGCACCUCCUGAAAGGAAAUACAGUGUAUGGAUAGGAGGCUCCAUCUUGGCAUCCCUCAGCACCUUCCAGCAGAUGUGGAUUGCAAAGGCUGAAUACGAUGAGUCCGGGCCAUCAAUUGUGCACAGAAAAUGCUUCUAAUUGGGCAAUGUCAAAAAUAUUGACAGGAGGAAAGUGCUUUCUCAUACUGGUCAGAGAUGGAGCUUGUAACUCAUUUAUUAUUAUUAUUUUUAUUUUUUCUCGUUGUGCUGGGUUGGUGAUAAGAAGUUGAUCUUUGGAUGUUCGUGAUCUUUAAUUAUAUUUAAUUAGGGGGUUAUAAACUGUUGUUAAUCUAUGGCAUCCUUUUCUCAGGCAAUGAAAUUUGAUGUAUUGGUUAAAUGAUGAUUAUUUCGUGUAGAAUAUUUAAUGUGUGAAUGUUGUGAUU